GGCUUGUUCCUGAAAGCUGGUUGCUGAUUGGCUGCUGAGUGAGGAAGAGGUGUUCAGUUUAAAGCUGAGAGACAGCAGCUCUGCUCGGACCGCUCACACAGCGACACACGCUUCACUCAGAGACUAAAUGGCUUCCAGAUCAGAGGAGGAUUUCUGCUGUCCGGUCUGUCAUGAGGUCUUUAGAGAUCCUGUUGUUCUGUCAUGUAGCCACAGCUUCUGUAAAGACUGUCUGAAGAGCUGGUGGAGAGAGAAACCAACACGUGAGUGUCCAGUUUGUAAGAGAAGAUCUUCAAAGGAAGAACCACCUAUUUGUCUGGCGUUAAAGAACCUGUGUGAGUCCUUCUUACAGGACAGAGAUCAGAGAGCUUCAGAGGCUCUCUGCAGUCUGCACUCUGAGAAACUCAAACUCUUCUGUCUGGACCAUCAGCAGCCAGUGUGUGUCGUCUGCAGAGAUUCAGAAAAACACACCAACCACAGAUUCAGACCCAUCGAUGAAGCUGCACGACAACACAAGAAGGAACUUGAGGAAACUCUGAAGCCCUUAAAGGAGAAGUUAAAGGUUUGUGAAAAAGUUAAAGUGAAGUUUGAUCAAACCGCAAAACACAUUAAGGUCCAGGCCCAACACACAGAGAGGCAGAUUAAGGAGCAGUUUAAGAAGCUUCACCAGUUUCUAGAAGAGGAAGAGGAGGCCAGGAUGGCUGCUCUGAGGGAGGAAGAGGAGCAGAAGAGUCAGAUGAUGAAGGAGAAGAUGGAGGCUCUGAGCAGAGAGAUAGCAGCUCUUUCACACACAGUCAGAGCCACAGAGGAGGAGCUGAGAGCUGAAGACGUCUCAUUCCUGAACAACUACAAGGCUGCAGUGGAAAGAGUCCAGCGCUGCCCCCUGCUGGAUGAUCCACAGCUGCCCUCAGGAGCUCUGAUAGACCAGGCCAAACACAUGGGCAACCUGGCCUUCAACAUCUGGAACAACAUGAAGGAGAUGGUCUCCUACACUCCUGUCAUUCUGGAUCCAAACACUGCUGAUUCAUAUCUCAUCCUGUCUGAAGAUCUGACCAGUGUGAGAUAUGGAGGAGAGACACAGCAGCUUCCUGAUAAUCCAGAGAGGUUUAACAUCUGCUCUGUUCUGGGCUCUGAGGGCUUUAACUCAGGGACUCACAGCUGGGAUGUCGAGGUUGGAGACAAUACAUCCUGGUUACUGGGUAUGUCCUCAGAGUCGGUUCAGAGGAAGGGAAUCAUACAGUCUGGAUUAUGGACAAUAUGGUUCAAUAAUGAUAAAUACUCAGCAGGGUCACUACCAGCUUUCUCCACUGUUCUCCCAGUGAAGAAGAAGCUCCAGAGGAUCAGAGUGAAUCUGGACUGGAACAGAGGAAAUCUGUCGUUCUCUGAUCCUGAUACUAACACACGCAUACACACCUACACACACACUUUCACUGACACACUGUUUCCAUACAUUAGAACUGUGAAUAAACUCCCAAUGAAGAUUUCUCCACUGAAGGUCUCUGUGACAGUGAAUCGAUGA